AAUGAGUAUCCGAUUCCAUGGUUGCUUAAUAAGUUAAAUAAAAGCAUUGAUAUAAAGAAGCAAUUGAAAUGAGCCGACUAGUAAAUGCAAAUUGCUGCAAUCUUUUGACUGUCACUCAUCACAUUAUUUGGCCCCUCCCAACCUUAGCUUUGCUGCUUCCCUAUAAUAAUACCUCACCACUUCUCUCUCUUUUCCAUUUUCUAAUUACUCUAAAACAAACAACUUAUCUUCUUCUCUUUAUUCUCUUAUUUCUAGCUGUUUAUGUAGUUUGAGCUUCACUUAAUUGUUCUAGAAGUUACUUAAUUAAGCAGAAAAGAAAAGAAAAUGGGAAGACCUCCUUGCUGUGAUAAAGAAGGUGUUAAGAAAGGACCAUGGACUCCUGAAGAAGAUAUCUUAUUAGUUUCUUAUAUCCAAGAACAUGGCCCUGGUAAUUGGAGAGCUGUUCCUACUAAUACUGGGUUGCUUAGAUGCAGCAAGAGUUGCAGGCUUAGAUGGACUAAUUAUCUAAGGCCUGGGAUCAAAAGAGGCAAUUUUACUGACCAAGAGGAAAAGAUGAUUAUACACCUGCAAGCUCUUUUAGGCAACAGAUGGGCAGCAAUAGCAUCAUAUCUUCCACAAAGAACUGACAACGAUAUCAAGAAUUAUUGGAACACACAUCUAAAAAAGAAACUGAAGAAAAACCAAUCAGAUCAACAAAACUCAAGAUCUGAAAAUGGGUUUAUAUCAUCACCAUCUUCUCCUGAAAACUACAGUUCAAGCAGUAGAGGUCAAUGGGAAAGAAGGCUUCAAACUGAUAUUCAUAUGGCCAAACAAGCUUUAUGUGAUGCCCUUUCAUCUAUGGAUGAAAAACCCUACUCAAAAUUACCCGACUUGAAAAAAAACAACACCCAAAAAUCCAAUUUAUUGGUUUCAAAUCAUACCAAACAAGGCCAAUCUAAUGCAUCAUCUAUUUAUGCAUCAAGUACUGAGAAUAUUGCACGUUUACUCCAAAGUUGGACUAAGAAAUCCUAUAAAAGUCAGCAAUCUGAGGAAUAUAAUCAUACGAAAUUGAUGGAAAUUGAUUAUGAAAAUGAAGAAAAACCCAAAAUUAUGUAUGAAAAUGAUCAAUUUUCGAACAAUGAGGAAGCAUUUCAUUCAUUGUUUGGGACUAUGGACACUAGUGAUCAGUCUCCAUACUCGGAUUUCUCGCAAGGGGUGUCACCGGAGACUAGUUUCUUCGAGCAAGAGAGUAAGCCUUUGGCCGAUGGUGGUCGAGGAGGUUUGUCUGUGCUCGAGAAAUGGUUGUUUGAUGAUUGUUCGAUGCAACAUUGUGGUGCACAAACUCAUGUUCAAGACCUUAUUGAUAUGCCCUUACAAGAAGCUGCUGAUUUUGUAUGAAGUUUUUUAUCUAUCGAGGGUCCGACCCUAUGGACUUGCUCGUGAUGAGGAUAUUGGUAUCCUGUCUUAGACAAGAUUUAUGGAGAUGAUGAUUAUGAAGAAAAAAGGUUUUAAGGACAAUGAAAAUUCAGAGGGUUUUUAAAUUUUCAUAUUCCUUGGAUUCUUUUUCACUAAAAUUUUAGGUUUGAACUACUUAAAGUUUAGUCUAGUAGGUCAACAUUUAACGGAAAUGCGUGUAUUUGUAGUUCUCUUUGAAUUUGCUACAUUUGAAAGAAAAAAAAUCUUAUGAUUUUGAAGUUAAAGGAGCAAAUAUAAAGAGAAGAAAGACUAUUAAAUUAGGGAGAUAUCUUCUUUAUUGUGUCGAUUAUUUAUUUCAUCGUAGUGUAAGUGAAUAAGACUUUUGAUUCAUUGUUAAUGUAGUCAUAUUAUUUAUUUCUUUUCUUUUAGUCCUAUAAGGUUAUUCAUUAAAA